ACCGAAGACAAUAACCACCGCAGCAGCCAUGGCACCAUCUGAAACAGCAGAACAAUUACAGGGCAAUAUCCUUGAUUCUUCAGAAGAAAAUUCAGACAUUGAGCAACCCGAUAUCCAAACCAGAGCCCCAAAACGACGACGUCUCUCCGAGUCUUCGACGGACUCGUACGUCGCUGCUCCAGCUCCACUUCCGUCCCUCUCCCGUAUAAAGAAAAAGGACGAUACCAAAAACGGUCAAAAUCCAGUACCGACCUCCGAAGAAAACCCAGUACUGAUUCGCGAUGCGCUGGAGAUUGGGCUACAGAGCGAGGCGUCGACGUUUGCAGAGAUAAAUGUCACGCCGUGGCUGGUGGGUUCGUUAUCGACUAUGGCAAUUAGGAGGCCUACCGCGAUUCAGAAGGCCUGUAUCCCGGAGAUCCUGAAGGGGAGGGAUUGUAUUGGUGGGAGUAGAACUGGUUCUGGAAAGACGGUUGCUUUUGCGGUUCCGAUUUUGCAGAAGUGGGCGGUUGAUCCGUUUGGGAUUUUUGCGGUUGUUUUGACGCCGACAAGAGAACUUGCGCUGCAGAUCUACGAGCAGUUCAAGGCCAUCUCGGCGCCACAGGGUAUGAAACCCAUUCUAAUCACUGGAGGAACUGAAAUGCGCCCUCAAGCCAUCGCCCUUUCACAGAAACCUCAUGUUGUCAUUGCGACGCCCGGACGUCUAGCGGAUCAUAUCAAGACAUCUGGACAAGACACAGUCUCCGGACUGAACAGAGUCCGAAUGGUAGUUCUCGACGAAGCAGACCGACUUCUCGCGAGCGGUUCAGGAAGUAUGCUCCCCGACGUGGAGACAUGUCUCUCCGCCCUCCCCCCCUCUAGCGAGCGCCAAACCCUCCUUUUCACAGCAACAGUCACGCCGGAAGUCCGGGCGCUGAAAUCCAUGCCCCGACCCGCCGACCGCCCCCCAAUCUUCGUGACUGAAAUCUCAACCGAAAACCAAGGCAGCAUCCCCCCAACACUUAAACAGACCUAUCUCAAAGUCCCCAUGACGCACCGUGAAGCAUUUCUCCACGUCCUCUUAUCGACAGAGAACAAUGCCUCCAAACCGGCAAUAAUUUUCUGCAAUCGCACCAAGACCGCAGACCUGCUAGAGCGUACUCUCCGCCGACUCUCGCACAGAGUCACUUCUCUCCACAGCUUGCUACCGCAGUCAGAGCGGACGGCGAAUCUCGCUCGCUUCAGAGCCGCCGCUGCCCGGCUUCUCGUCGCCACCGACGUCGCGUCGAGAGGUCUUGAUAUCCCCUCCGUCAGUCUGGUGAUCAAUUUCGAUGUUCCCCGCAACCCAGACGACUAUGUGCACCGUGUAGGUCGUACGGCUCGUGCUGGUCGGAGUGGUGAAGCGGUAACCCUUGUAGGACAGAGGGAUGUACAGCUGGUCUUGGCUAUCGAGCAACGGGUGGGUCGGCAGAUGGUCGAGUGGGAGGAGGAAGGAGUCAGCGUUGAAGGGAGAGUCGUGAGAGGGACCAUUUUGAAGGAGGUCGGUGAGGCGAAGAGAGAGGCUAUGGGCGAGAUUGAAGAGGGUAGGGAUGUACUUGGGCGGAAGCGGAAUAAAUUGAAGAAGGUCCGUUGAGGGGUUUUGAUUAGAUAUUUAGCAUCUUGUAUAUAUAUAUAUAUAUCCAUUGUUCAUGAAUCUAUCUUUGACAUAGA